AAGUAGCAUGAUUGUGAGUUUGCUCAGAAAUUGAGAUUUAGUCUGGUGAGAGAAAUUUACGCGAACGGUUGCAUUUAGUAUUAUACAAAGCUGCGACUACUGUAUCAGUUUAUUAGCGUGGGUGUUUGAGAAUAAUUUUCCUUGCAAUAUGGAUUGGGUAGAAAAUGACGAAACUAAUACGGAGCGGAGUAGUUCGACAUCAUCUACGCCCAAUCUUGUGGAUUCAAGUCAAAAUAGUAGUGGGAAAAAAUUAAUUUCAACUCAAGUGAAUAGUGUGAACCAUCAGGAAAAUUUAACAAAUUUUUCCCAACUUGUGAGUAACAAUGAUUCCCUUUCCGACGAUGAAAUGUCUGACUUCUCUAUAAAUGAAUCUGAAGAUGAAGAAAAUAUCACAGGAAAUGGUGUGCAAAAUUGUGGGAGAAGCUCAAAUCAGAGAGUGAUUUAUACAAAUGGAGGGACUGUGCUUAAAAAUGGGCAAGUUGUGAGGAAAAUUUUCACAAACACCCGAGAAAGAUGGAGGCAACAGAAUGUUUCGGGAGCUUUUGCGGAAUUGCGAAAAUUGGUACCGACACACCCUCCAGAUAAAAAAUUAUCAAAAAAUGAAAUUCUUCGAAUGGCCAUCCGCUACAUCCAUUUGUUGACAAAUGUCUUGGAGUGGCAAAAGCAACAGGAACAAAAGAAUGAAAAUGCAGAAAAUAUCAUUAAUAAUUCCCAAUCCCAACAGAAGACCGAAAGAAAGAGAUUUUCAAUUAGUCUUCCUAUAAAGACCAAAAUGUCCUGCAGAAUUGCAAGUUCAUCGGAUAUCAUUCAAAAGAUUAUUUCAGCAAAUGGCGGUGAGAAGCCGAUUAAUUUGAUUGCAGGACAACCUUUCUUGAAUUGCGAUCGAACAAUAAUUAAAACGGAAUACAUUGAGAGUCCUUACAAGGACUUUAAGCAGGAGCACAAAUAUUUAAUAUCGGGUGAGAAACAAAUACAUUUUGAACGGUACUCCGAAGAACAAGAUGUUCUUCAACUUGCCACAAAUUGUACGGAUAUUAAAUCAACGCGAAUUGGUACACCACCCAAAACAAAGACGACAAAGUUUAAAAAGAAAAAUUCAGCUCAAGAUAAAACCAACCAAAGCACCGAUGAAGAUAAAAGGAACUAGAACAGAUUAAUGUGACGAAAAAUUGAAAGAAAAAAUUGGGGUUUAUCUAUCAAUUUAAUCUGUGGAGAUUAAUUAAGAAGGGUCAACUCAUCUCAUGCUAAUAAAUUAUGUAGGCGGAAAAUAUGGUAUUAAAAAGUUCAGCGUUAAACUUAUCAUUAUGUAAUGUAUACUUAUGUAGGUAUAUAAAAACUCAUAAAAAACUCGGUGGUUCAACCCUCUUUAUUGAAUAAAGUAUAAAAUUCGAUAUAAAUGUUCAUACUGUAGUAUAUUUUAAGACUUCUUAUAACAAGAAUACUUGCUAAAGGAUUUUUUUUUAUCAAUAAUUAAAAUUUAAAAAAAUAUAAGAAUGAAUAUGAAAAUCUAAUUCACGUCUUGUCUGUGUACUACAAUACUAUCUUUGCUUAAUUAAUUAACUUUGCUUUGGUAAAGAGAAUGAUUAAACUUCGUAUUAAAUUAAUUUUAUUCUUUGUAAUAAUAAAUGUGAAAUAAAUGUGCCAAAAAACUUGAAA